CCGAAAUCUGCAGUCAAACGUUGUGCGAAAGCGUUUAUGUCCUAUAGGUCGGAUUCAUGGACGUUAUCGAAAAGAGAAUAGACAGCAUUGCGGAUGAAACCGAGGAGGAGCUCAUUUCGGAAGAGAUUAAGGAAAUACGUCGAUACGCUCUGUCAAACCAGCUGAGGGCAGGGUUUUUCGGACAAGACGCCUGUGUCCAAACUGACGAGUCAGAGCUGCCAAAAAUAAAGACACUCUCUGCCAGCACCGCAGAGCUUGUGAAGGAAAUGAACACGUUAAAAGAAGACAUUGAGAAGAAAUUGAAAGUAAUACGUUUGCAGUAUGAGACCAAACUGCAGGACGAAUCUGACGCCCUUUAUGCAAGUAUUAAUGAUAAAAUCAAGAAUUUGGAGAACUGCCAAAAGGAGAAAUUAUCUGUUCUUCGGAGAAGCUAUCAGCAGCAGCUCUCAGACGCUAUUCAGGUGAUCAAAGCCAGCUAUAAGAAUGAAGAAGAGACGGAUGUGGUUUGUGAUGUUACUGAUGGAAGAGUAAAGGACCUUCUGAAUGAGCUUCAGGAGAAGAACUUGAAGAUUGAGCAGAUGGUUGAACAGCUAAAGAAAUAUGAGAUCGGCUCAGAGGGAGCGGAGGACCCAGAGAAAAGCAGACUGAAGUCAGAGAAUGAAAAGCUAAAAGAUAACAUUGACUCGCUGCAUGUCGAGCUGGAGGAAAUUCACAGAGUCCUGGAAUCCAAAGAGCAGAGGCUGGCUCUGGAUUUGGCACAGUUAAAAUCAGAAGCUGACGACAGCAAAAAAGCCCUUCAAAAGAUGACAGGUGAACACGAGCAACUGAAAGUGCAGUUGAACCUUGAAAGAGAAAGUGGCAGAGAAAAGAUAAAACAGCUAAAAGAGGAAAUAGAGAAAGAACUUUCAUGCAUUGAAGCCUCACGCAUGAAGGAUAAAGCCGUCACUGAAAAGAAGAAGCAGAAGACAGCAGAAACUACAACCAUGGAGCUUCCUGGGGAUGCAGAGUCAGCUCAAAAAAUAAAAGAACUCAAAAAGACUGAAGCAAUGCAGAAAAAGGAGAUUGAAAGGCUCAGUAAGCAGUUGUACAUGUCCAAUCAGGCGUGGGAAAAGAAGUUUGAGAUUUUAAGACAGAGGUACAUCACAACUCUAGGUUGCUUUUUUUUUUUUAUCGACUCCAUGAGCUGUUCUACAUUGACAUUUUCUUUCUUAAGUUUCCAUGCCAUCAAGGAUGAGAUGUUCUUGCGGCAGACAUUGCAGCGGCAGGAAGCCAUUCUGCACAACGCCUCAGUCAGCUUUGCGAUGAAUGCUCCUUGCUCACCACGGCAGAAGAGUCCAGCAGACAGGCUGGGCUAUACUGCUCCUUUGCCACGUAUAGGUGCUGCAGGCCAGCAGAAGAUGGACAUCGGUCUACAGAGUGAUAGAGGAGCAGAUGCUUCUCCUGGAUUAGAUCCCAAGUUGAGCGUGGCAGAUGAGGAAGACGAAGAAGUAUAAACUGGAGUUUUUUCCCGCAUUUCAACAUGGUUUUUGAAGUUCAAAUUUAAAAUAGAGAUGGCUUAGUCAGUGCACAGGUUGUUGAUGAUGGUAUGAAACUUAUAAACUUACAUUUUAUAAAUCAAAUAAUAUUGCAGAGUUGAGGAGGUCAAAGAGAUGUAUUAAGAAUAUAUAUAUAUAUAUAUAUAUAUAUAUAUAUAUAUAUAUAUAUAUAUAUAUAUAUUUUU